AUGUCGCCUCACUUGCUCUGUCGUCUAUUGACGGAGCCUCCUCCUCUUGCUUCUGCGUCGUGGCGCUGUCUGCGCGCGAUACCAUUCCUCCUAACCGCCACAUACGCCAACGCUCAAUCCCUCGACGGGCUCACCGGCCGUCGACACAAGGAGGCGGUGAUGGAAGCUCCUCAGGCAACCUGGACUCGGGCCAACCCUGGAGCGGCGCUGAUGCUUCGCGGGGUCUCGUUCAAUCUUGAGGAACAACAUGCAUGGGACCAUUAUAUCUCAGCGGGGCGUGGGCGGGAUAUUCAGGGACGUCUUCAUCCGCGUUCACUGACACGCGGGAUUUCUUACCUGGCCCGAUCGUCGCCCGAGGCCUACCUCUAUGGCUCAUUUGCAUCGUCUAUCAGUCAUGAUGCUCCUGUGUACCCUCUCUGCCGCCCCCAGUCAUCCCGUCGCAUCCAGACCCCUCAACUUGCCGACUACAGCAUGGAUUCGAGAGCGAUCGGCAUGACGACGGUCAAAGAGAUAAUCAACACGCUCGCAGAACAAAUCGAUGCGCACCCUUACUCCCUUGACGAAAAGGGGUGCCUAAGAAAACAAAAGAGUCAGUGGCGAAGUCUCCCGACCAAUGCUCGUCGUCCCCCUGGUGGUGGAUCGGCGAAUGGCCAAAACCAGGGCUCCGGUACACGUUCCGGACAGGUCUCGCAGCAGGCCGCUGUAGAGCUUGCGAUGAAGUCGGCAGACGCCGUCCUUCUUCGCCCAAAGACAGCUCCACUCUUCCAUGCCGGCGCAGUAAGGUGGGAGCACUCGCGCACGAUCGCGGAGAUCAUCAAUUUGCAGCGGGUUGGAUUCCGCUCCCCACUUCGGCUACCGGCUCUAGGCCACGUUUACGCACUGCGCCAAGGCCGAACAUACCGGCGAUUGGAUGUCGGCCAGCAGAAUGCCUUUCCCGGAGCUAUGCCCCCGAGUCGGCGGAGACCAGGUAGUUACUGCAUUCGCAUUCGCAUUGCUCGGUCUGCUGAUGUCCGCCGACAGGAUACAGCCCUGAGCGGCAGAUCUAGGACAUCGCAAAGUCUUCUUGCGAUAAUGCGGACUGCAAUCCCUGCUUCUGCACACCAAAACUCGCCAUGGCGCAAGACGAGGACUAACGCAUACGGUGCAUCGGAGCGCAAGUGGUAG